AUAAAGUUAAUGGACAAGGAGCUGGAAACGGAGAAGGUACAGGAUCAUCACAUUCAUUCGCAUCUGCAUCAGCAGCAGCUCGAGCAGAAGCAUCAGAAAUGGGUGCAUCAGGUGGAUCAGGUGGAUCAGGAGGACGAACUGGAGAUGGUGUAGGUGGAGGAAAUGGAGUAGGAGUAGGAUCUAGAGUAGGUGGAGGAUCUGGCGUAGGAGUAGCAUCUAGAGUGGGUGGAGGAACUGGAGUAGAUGCAGGAUCUGGACUAGGUGGAGGAUCUGGAGUAGAUGUAGGAUCUGGAGUAAGUGGAGGAACUGAAGUAGGUGGAGGAUCUGGAAUAGGUGGAGGAUUUGAAAUACAUCGACUAUUUAACGUAGAAGGAGGAUCUGGAACAGGUGAAGGAUUGAGAACACAUCGAGGACUUAACGUAGGUGAAGAAAGUGCAUCAUCACAAGGAGGAUCUGGAGCUGGAGUCGGUGGAGGAUAUGGAAUAAAUGGAUUAUCUGGAGUAAGUGGAGUAAGUGGAGGAUCUGGGGUAUCUGGAGUAUCUGGACUAGGUGGAGGAUCUGGGGUAGCUGGAGGGCUUGGAAUACGUCGAGAACUUUACAUAGGCGGAGCAUCUUCAGAAGGUUUAAAAAAAGGAGGAUUUGGCCUUAGCAUAAAUGGUGGAGCUGGAGGAGCAAAUGCAGUUUCUUUAGGACAAGGAGAAACUGUACCUGACGCUGGAUCUGGAGCUGCAGCUGGAGCUAGAGCUGGUGCAGGUGUAGGAUCUGGAGUAAGUGGAGGAUCUGGAGUAGGUGGAGGAUCUGGAUCAGGUGGAGGAUCUGGAGUAGGUGGAGGAACUGGAUUAGGUGGAGGAUCUGGAUUAGAUGGAGGAUCUGGAGUAGGUGGAGGUGCAUCAGCAGAAGGUAGUGCAGCUGGCCGAGCAAAUGAAGGUACAUCAGCAGGUGCAUCAGGAGGAUCUAAAGCUAAAGCUGGAGCAGAUGCAGAAACAUCAGGUGGAUCAGGUGGAUCAGGUGGAUCGACUGCAUCACGUGCAUUAGCAUCAGCAGCAGCAUCUACAGAAUCAGGAUCAAGAAGCUAA